UAGAAAUUACUAGCAAACGAGCAGCGUUUGAAUGCAGCAGCUUCCCCCCUGAAAUCCACAUGGCUAAUGAACUCCAACACCGUCUGCUUGUGUCCUCAUUGGUCCGGCCUGCAGCUGAUUCACGGGAUUGGCUGUAAGUAGCUUUUGCCGAAAGGUAAACAUUACAGGGAAGUAGAGGAGCUACACUUCUUCCAACCAUAGCGUCGAGGUGUAGAUGAAAUAUGAGCGACACUUAACGUUAGAGCUGUCAGACCUCCGGGACUGUUUAAUCUGAGGUGUGUGUGAGCCCUGAGCAGACAUGGUGGAGGUAUUCAGCGGGCGGACACUGCUGAAUAAAGACGGGGAUGUGGUGGAUCCCGAGGAGGCGCUGAGGAACAAAGUGGUGGGGAUUUACUUCUCUGCAGGAUGGUGUCCUCCGUGUCGAGACUUCACACCCAUCCUGUGUGAUUUCUACACGGAGCUGGUGGAAGAGAGUGAACCUCCGGCGCAGUUUGAGAUAGUUUUUGUCUCCUCUGACAAGUCCACUGAUGACAUGGUUGAAUAUUAUCAUGACAUGCACGGAGACUGGCUCGCACUGCCCUGGACUGAUGAUUACAAACAUGAGUUGAAGCAGCGCUACAAGAUUACAGCGGUGCCCAAACUGGUGAUCGUGAAGGAGAACGGCGACGUGAUCACAGACAAGGGCAGGAAACAGAUCAGGGACAGAGGCCUUGCCUGCUUCAGGUCCUGGCUGGACGCUGCCGAGAUCUUCCAGAACUUUAAGGGUUAGAAAACAAUGACGAGGAACAUGACAACCCAUCUUUUCACAAGGGCUACUGCAGCUACGUAAGAGAGCCCAACAGAACCAAAGCAAGAUAUUUCAGCGUUCACUUAAGUUCAGCGGUUCCCAGUGUGGGGAUGGAGGUUCAGAAGAUAUGAAAGAGCGACGUAUGUAUCUGUCACACAAAAUUCUGUUUAUUUAUCCCGAAUUUUCUCUUUUUUUUAAGCUUUUUUCUUGUCAAAUUCUGGAUUUAUUUAAAUUUUUAGGCACUCUAAAAUCCUCUAAAUGAAGCAAUCAAAGAUGGAAAAAUCUAACUUUGGUUGACCUGCUCACAAGUCAUGCUUUAAUGAGGGUUAACAAGUAAAUAUGGAUUUGAGUCAAGGGUUAACAAAGCAAAAAGGGUGGAAAACGCUGCUUUAAACAUCCUAUGCAUUUAAGACAAACCUCAGGCGUGUCCAUUAUGGUUCAUAUGUAAAAACUUUUUUGCUUAUAGGAAAUUGUGCAUUUAGUAUGAAUCAUACAAGCAAGCCACUGCUAAUUCUUAGUUUAAUUAAAAAUACAUUCUGUGAUGAUCUUUAUAGGCUUGUGCACUAAUUAAACAGUCAAACUGUGCUUUAAUUAACUAGAUAUCUUCUUGAUUUUGUAUACUUAAGGUUUGACUUGUAGUUCUACAUUGAGCUACCUGUAUAUUUUUGUAUUUUUAUUUUAUAUGAGUUGUGAAGACUGUUAUUAAAAAUAUACAUAUAUUCUGA